ACAAGUUCCACUCUUAUCGAGUUGUUAUAACUUAUUUUUUUCAACCGACCGCCGGCAAUUGAUAAUACAUAUAUCAAUUCGAAGAAUUCGUUCUUUCAACAUAUCGUCUUUAGUGUUCAAGAUUGUUCCUGUACCAGUUUCCACACUGUGGGCUAAAAUAAUUUCCGUCAAGUCUGAAACAAAUGGCUGAUCCUGGUGAAAGUAACAAUAUUUUUGCAACUGUCAAUUGCAGCAACUUGGUCAACAAACCUCAAGGAUCCGAAGUUGUCACAUUCCCACACCUUAAAUACCCACAAUUUCCAGUGGUACAGAUGCUGAUGAAAGAACUCAACUUGUGCGCCCACGACCACAGCUUCGUACCCCCACGAUAAGUUCCCUGAGGAACUAAUUGCUGGGAUCACUACAUAUCGCUUUGGAAAAUAUUCGUGGAAUCCGAAGUUUCACACAGCACUGUGAAAUUUUUGGGAAUGAUGGAGAAAAUAUAAAAAAUAUCGUGCCUACGGAGAGCUAUAUUCCUCUCGUAGCAAACAGACUAUUCUUAUUUUGUAGUUAAUUUUUUAGUAAGCUUAAUUCUAUAAUCUUUAAAAUGCCGGUGUUAACUUUGCAGAGGUCGUACAAAUACAUCAUGUACGCGACCAAGCAGCCUUCCUUGAGGAUCAAGCAGGCUGAUUUGAAAUGUAAGAGCGGAUGCGGAUUUUAUGGAAAUGCAGAUUGGAACGGAUACUGUUCAGCAUGCUACCGAAAUCAUAUGGAUAUCGAGCGACAGAAGAAAACAACCGACCAGUCCAGAUCGCAAGUGCCGGGGUUCUCGAAAUUCGAAGAAAAGAAAAGGCAACAAACAGAUAAAAAGAACAAGUAUCUGAAGAGCUUACCUGUAUUUAGAAAGUCGUCGAAUGUUAAAGAUGCUGGAAGACCUGAAAAAUACAUCGACAUCAUGAGACAGACCAACCCUGACGCCAACAAGUUGAUGGUCGAAUUCAUAUCCAUGUACAGCCAAUGGGGCGAAAUAGUUAGAAAAGAUUUCUUCAAAUUUAGCCAAGUGUUUUCCAAUAAAAUCGUAAACGAAUUGGAUGUCAAGCCCAUUGAAGAGUUAGCCGAAAUUGCACAGAACCACUACAAUUUGUAUCACACCCGUCUUAAUUCGAACGUCAUUUACCAAGACGUACCCAGUGAGAUUAGAGAGAAGUUGGUGGAGUUUUUUGAGAAGUACAGCAUGAUCAGUCUAUACAGUUUCCUGUUCUGCCCACCAACCACAAACGACGAGGAGAAAGACCUUAUCAUCCAAGACAGAAUUCGCAAGCUCAGUUGGGUAAAUGCUCAUCAUCUCGAUUGUUGCAUAAGCGAAACUAGCAUCGAAGUACGCGACUUGGUCUACACUGCCAUCAACGACCUUCUUGGAAUGGACUCGAUGAAAGCUCCACAGGAAAAACUGGCAUGCGUUGUCAAAUGCUGUCGCAGCGUUGUAGAAGUAUUGCAGCAUUGCCAAGGUGGGCCCGUAAGCGCCGAUGAGUUUCUGCCUGCGUUGAUUUUUGUUGUUCUGAAAGCUAAUCCAGCUCGAUUGAAGAGCAACAUAUUGUAUGUUACAAGGUUUUGCAAAGAUUCCCGGUUGAUGCAGGGGGAAGCUGGAUACUACUUUACUAAUUUGUGUUGUGCUGUAUCGUUCAUAGAAAAUCUCACAGCGGAAUCACUCAACAUGCCCCAACAAGAAUUCGAAGCAUACAUGUCAGGAGAAUUGACAGUGGUCAGUGCAUGGGAAUCAGCAUUAGUUGCUUGCGAAGGAAUGCACCAAUUGUGCGAGCACCUCUCGCUACUGAAAGGACUUUCAGAAAGGACUACAGCCGUACAGAACACUACCCAGAAACUUAGAGAAGACAUGCAACGUCUCAAGGAGGAAAUCUGCGAAAAUGUUGUAGCUGUACUUGCACGAACACCGAUGAUCAUCAAGCCAAGAAAAACUCCACUGACAUUGACAACAUUAACUAGAGAAAAGAUGAAAGCUGCGUCUUCGUCCGCAAUAACAAUAACACCAUCCAUAUCACAAAAGGAAAUUCAGCCUGAAGAAGAUUUAAACCUACAAAAAAACUACUACUUACAAAAUUUAUCUCUUAGUCAAAUCAAUGCUUUAGAUAGUACCAGAAAUAAGUUACAGUUAGACAUUACACCGUGUAUAACACUACCAAGUAGUACUAAUCUUAUGAAAAAGACUUACUCGAAUGAGUUAUUAUUACAAUCUCCAGCACAAGAUAAGAGUUUUGAGAGCAUAACUCCUGAUGACAACAGCUACCUUGGAUUAUCAAAAGUUAACUACGAUAUCGAUUUCUCAGAUUUGAGCACAGAAAACAGCAUGGCAGAAGAUUUAACUCCCGACAAAAGAAAAUCACCUACUCCAGGUUACGUCAGCUCAGAUCCAUUCAGUCCUGUUGGUUUAUCUUGUCCUAUAACUCAAAGUCCUUUGAUACCUUCCAACGUUUCAUUUACUCAAAUAGAGCCAAAAAUAAUGAAAACGGAUAGCUUUGUUUUGCCGUUUUUAGAAGAAGCCAAAAGCGAAGAAUCGUUGUUGGACAAACUAGAAGAAACUCCAUCGGUUAAUUUACCGCCCCCCAUUAAACCAACGACGUCCGAAUAUUCCGGGUUUUCGAAACAAGGCUCGAGGAUACCAAGCAUACCCUGCAACACAGGAGAUUUCAGUUCGCUAAAUAUUUCAGGUGGUUCAUCUAAGAGUUCAUCUUAAAAGGAAAGCAGUAAGAAACACGAACACAAUUGUACAAUGUAUGUACAAUCACGAAUUAAUAUCUUAUGGGGGUAAAUUAGAAGAUCAGCAAUACUACAAGAAACCAAAGCCAAACAAAUUUAUUUUAUAAUUCAGUUAUUUGUUAAAAGAAAACUUAAAUGUAAGAACAAAAUACGACAAGUUGAUUUUGAGAAAAUAAAAAUAAUUUUGUUUUUUUUUA